UAAUUUAAUGUAGUGAAGUUUGCCAUUAGGCUUUCCACCCGAAUGUUGUGAAAAAUGGAUAUCGAUUUUCGUGAUUGUGUUGUUAUUUAAUGCAAACGUUACAUUAAAUAAUGUGUCAUAAACAAGAAUCCUGGGUAGACCGCACUGGUACAGCCGUCAACUCGUACGGCUUAAUAACAUGUCUGUCAUCGGUUUAAACCUCAUAUGGACCGUAACUCCGUAUUUAAUAAGUAUUUUUAGCUUGUAUCGGCAACUAACGAACAGACUAUGACAGCCGGUCAGUAACAGAAUAUGCUCUAUAAAUAAUUAAGAAUUAAGAAAUAAAGGAAUAAAACCCUACCACUGCUGGCUAUGGAAACAAACACAAUUUGGGUGUAACGUUAGUGGUGUUAAGUAUCAUAUUGACAAUUAAACUAUCGUGUGUAAGGCCAAAAAACUCUGCGUAAGUGUACACUCGGCUCCACGGCCAAUCAAUCUAACACAAACAAUGUGUUGUUCAGAACAGUUUUCCGAAAAAACAGUAGCUGUGUAUAUCUCGCCCUCUACAACGUUUAUCGCUUGGAUACACUGUUUAAACCUGGUGGUCUUUAUGGCAGCAUAUGCAAACGGCAAUACCUGCACCGUUUCAAAUCCGUCUAGUUGGGAGGCAAUAAUUGAAUGUCCCAAUUUUAACGUUAAUCUUACAUAUGAAGACGACAACUAUCUAGAAGUGAUAUGUCCCAACAUGCCUAACUUUGAGUUGCUACGAGACCUCCCAGAUCUACCGAGCUUUACGGUCAACGAGCUGGUUUAUCAGAACUGCCCACUCCCAGUCAAUAAUCAGUCACUUGUCGAACUGCUUUCGGCCUUUGUUAAUCGCUCCAAUCAGUCAUAUAUCAAUAAAUUGUUCCUCAUUGACAAUGCAAAACUAUCUGAGGAUAUCACGUUGGAUCCGCAGCUGUUUGCCGGACUAUUCAAAUUACAAUUCCUUUCAAUACAAAACCUUGCUGAUAUCUCGUUUGACAAUUCUCUGCUGUUCAGACACCUGUCCCAGUUAAAGAAAAUCGAAUUUCACAGUAGAAAUCGUGUUUCUGGAACAAUCUUACAACAACUGAAGCAACUCAAAGAACUUCAUAUGCAUGAUUCGGACAUGAAAAAACUACCAAAAGAGCUAGUUUCCAACCUGCCUAAACUUGAGACUCUGUACCUCGACAAAAAUAAACUCAAGCAUGUUAGUCAGUUUACCACGCUACCGAAUCUUAUGUAUCUAAACAUCAGUUCUAACCAACUAGUGAAAUUACAACAAAACGUGUUCAGUAGGCUGCCGAAGCUCAAGAUACUUGACCUUUCGUCAAAUAAACUAACGAGACUUGUCACCGAUUUGUUCAUGGAAAACAACCAUCUGGAAGUCUUUAAGGCAGAUGAUCAGAAAUGUUCGGAACUUGUACUAGAAAAACAUGUGUUCACUGAGCUAAAAUAUCUUAAGGAAGUGUCUUUAUCCAACUGUAAAAUAACCGCACUACCGGAAGGAAUUUUUCAACAUUGUCUCCAACUAAUCAAAGUUGACCUCAGCCACAACAAAUUACAAAGCCUUCCGGAGGAUCUGUUGAGUGAUUCGUUCGCUGUAGAGCUUUAUUUACAGCACAACGAAUUUAUUAACAUGCACCCCGAAUCUCAGCUGCUUGGAGCAAAUGAUGUGUGUUUUCUAGACCUUAGCCACAACAAAAUUACAACGUUGAGCAUACAACUACUGAAAUCUUUCAGCUCUUUGAAACAGUUACAACUUCACAAUAACCAGCUGUAUAUGAUCGAUGUUGAUGCAUUCAAGUCGCAGUCACAGUCACUAAUAUUUCUCAAUCUCAGCCACAAUCGACUGACACUGCAUGAGAAUAAUGAUCGGAUGAUUAACAGUACAUCCUGGAUACUUUUUCGCCCUUUAAUCAAACUUGCGCACUUGGAUCUUUCGUACAACGAAAUUACCAACAUAUUUGAUCACUUUAAAAAUUUCAUGCAUAAUCUUCAAUCUCUUGACCUGUCGCACAACUUUAUCACACACAUCAGCUAUACAGAUUUUCCAUUUCUGUCGUCCAAGAUUAACCUGGUCAAUUUGGAGUCAAACAAGAUUACACAUCCCGAUUUCGACCUCAGAAGCAUUGAACCACUCCAUCGCUUACCCAACGAAAUAUUCCUCGCUGAUAAUCCACUCAACUGUGACUGUAUUUCCUCGUCGCUAGUCACAUAUCUACAGGCGCAUUUGAAUGCCAGUAAAUCAACCCCACUAAAGGGACUUCAAUGCACUCAUCCACUCGCGCUGUUUGGACGUAAACCGCAAACACUGCGCGCGGAGGAUCUGCUUUGUGAAAAAGAAACAUUAUUUGGUUUUUGUCCGAUCGAGUGCAAAUGCUACAAACGGCCCGUUGAUCAGGCGGCUAUAAUCAACUGCACCGCUGUUAAUCUUACCCGUGUUCCCGUCAUCAAAAGCCCAUCGAUCAUCAAAUGUAGUUUUAUCGAGCUGCAUCUGGAACAGAAUAAGCUGAAUGCCCUAUCUAACGGAAGUGAAGGAUGGAAUACCGUUCGCCGGCUUUACAUCUCAAACAACAACUUCACCACCCUGCCUGGAGAUAGUUUGCCCGUACAGCUCGAGCUUCUCGAUGUCUCUGGCAAUCAAUUGACCGAGGUCGACGCAGCCUUCAUACUCAAGCUGAAUCAUACCGCUCUCCGAAACAUCAGCCUGUCAGCGAAUCCUUGGGAUUGCCACUGUGAAAAUCCACUGCUUGCGUUCGCCGUCGAUAACGCAGCACGCAUUACAGACUUCUCCACCCUCCAGUGCUCCGACGGUCAACCGAUCAACUCGGCUACACUGAACAAACUGUGUGCUUGGACGACAACGCUCAGUUUCUAUAUCAGUUCGGCAGUGUCACUGUUACUUAUUGUAUGCUUACUCGCCAUCUGGUUGUACAUGAAAUACAGCCUGGAGAUCAAAGUGUGGCUCUUCAAGCAUAAUUUGCUACAGUGGUUGGUCACGGAGGAGCAAAUCGAUAUGGAUAAGCGAUACGAUGCAUUUAUUUCGUACUCGCACAAGGAUGAGGAGUUCGUCACAGAUAAGCUGUUACCGAGGCUUGAGAGCGAAGAGCUCAACUUCAAAAUCUGCUGGCACGUGCGUGACUUUAUGCCGGGUGAGAUGAUUACCUCGCAGAUAGCCAAAGCGGUCGAGGAUUCACGACGCACCAUUAUCAUCCUCUCGCACAACUACCUCGAGUCUGUGUGGGGUCAGAUGGAGUUUAACACUGCGUACUUACAGUCGUUGGAGGACAAGCGCAACCGCGUCAUUCCCAUCAUCUACCAGGAUAUUGACGAUAUCGAUCAGCUCGAUCCGAAGCUCCAAGCGUAUAUCAAGACCAACACUUACGUCCGAUGGGAUGAUCCAUGGUUCUGGGAUAAGCUACACUACGCCAUGCCCCGUAAGUGCUGCCCAAAGCACGAUCAGGCAACUGGCAACAUUACCAUGUUGUCUUUGAACAAGCAACCCGCGUACCCGUACAGAUUAUAGUGCCUAUUAUAUGACUUGAGUGUUAGCGAAAAAGUGUCAAAAAUGCUGAUUAUUAUGGUCCGUGUUAGACAGCUUGUCUCUGGUUAUAUAUCUAACUGAACGAAGAACAUUUGCAUUACUUGCCUCAAACGGAGACCGUUUUUUGUCUAACAGCAUUCCGUCAGGUUAAAGCUACGGAAAGCGUUUUGUUUAAAGGUUUUAUCACAAAUUGAAUAUUUUAAAACUACACGAAUUGCAUGUUACAUGAAGAAUGGAUUUUUUGUAAUAAUUCACUAUACAAAGAGUGAGAAUAACGAAAUCCUCAGAAAGUAGAAAAUCAUUACAAAAGCGCUACUUAGAAUGGCAUCGCCAAAAACAUUUAAAGAACGAAAUUUAAUAAUACACCAUACAUAAUAAUAAUUAGAAAAUUGUACAAUACUUCCUACGUUUUAUGUUGCACUUUAAAACAAAGUUUAAAACAAACAAAACGAUUUCACAUCAAUUUGGGCAACAAUGUUUCGAGUCAACGAAAGAAGUCUCUAACAAGCUUGUAUAAUACCGAUGUUGUUUCCAUUCGUGUAGGGUGGUUUUAUUUGACCCUUUUCCGUUUAAAUCAGAUAAUCGGCAUUUAUGUCACUCAUGGAAAAUCCCGUACCACAGCCAACUUUAAAAAAGUACCCUGCAUAUCUACAAAAAAGAUGCGAUCUAUCAAAGAUAAUUCAACAGACUGGUAAUGUAAUAAAUUAAUAGCAACGAUGCAAAAAUUAUAAUAGAAUGUAGCGUCUAAUACAAACAUAAUCGCCAUAUGCCGAUUUUCUGAACCUAUUUACUACCACACAACCGAAGAGCCAGUUCUUGCAAAGGGGGGGGGGGGUGAGGUUGCCAUUUGCGGCUUAAACCCACGACGGACAUGUUAACGACUGUACCACCGUUCUUGUUCUACCACCUUUUUUAUUCUUCUUCUUUGGCACAACAACUGCUGUCGGUCAAGGCUGUCAAGACUAGUGUGACAACGAUUAGCAACUGUCAGAUUCGGCACUGUUUGUUUUGUUGGGACAAAUUUUGCAAACACAAAAUAUUUUCAAACACGUUUUUUUAUUCAAGCAAUAUGCAGUAUAAACCAUACAUUUCAGUAAAUCAUCACAACUUUAAUUUUGUUAAUACUGCAACAACCACAAGACACCGUGCCGAAUCCGACCGUUGUGCCAUCGAAGGCGAAAAUUGUGUUACUAAAUUGGACAGAGUAGCUUACACCAUCUGAGGUGUGAGAAAGUGGUAGACAGCGGUGUCUAUUAAAAACGACUAUUGUUAUAAACAAGUGGACAGUUUAUUGGAUUGGAAACCCUGCAACAGUCACAUGAGAAAUUGUCGCUCUCAUCGCUCUCUUGCCAUGCGCUGGGUGCUCACUCGAAAAACUGUGACGUCAGGCUGGCGGUAAAGUGUUAAGCAACUCAUGAGCACCACACGCGCGAAAGAGAUAGCGCUAUGGAGGGAAUGAGCACGGAAGACGCCUGACCUAUGACGUAGGGGGAAAAAAGGUAGAAAUACAGUAGAAAGUCGAUUAUCCGGCGGACGGCUUAACCCAAAGUGGGUUUAUUAUACAGGUGGGCUUAUCCCUAACAAUUUGACAGCAGGGCUGUAGUGAUGGGUCAUCGGAAUCGCAUCCACGGCUCAGAAUCGCUUCCGAGCAUUGCUACUCCCGCUCCGAUUCCGAAUAAUUCAAACCGUCGAUUCCGCCCGGAGCCGUCCGGAACCGUUCAGAGCCGUCGGAGCCGUUCGCAGCCGUCUGGAGCCGUCCGGAGCCGUCGGAACCUUUGGAGCCGUUGGAACCUUUGGAGCCAUCGGAGCCGUCCGGAGACGCUAGUCAGCAGCUGGAGCCGCUAGUCGGCAGCCGGAGCCGGUCGUAGCCGACGGAGCCGGUUAGAGCCAUCGCAGUCGUUGUAACAGCCUGAGUCGGCUACGACGCUACGACGGCUCCAACCGGCUCCAACGGUUCCGACGGCCCCGACCAGCUCCGGAUGGCUUCAACCGGAACCGGCUGCCAACUGGCGGCUCCGGACGGCUCUGACGGCUCCAACGAUUUCCAUAUGGUUCAACGAUAGCUUUUUUUAAAUUAUUUGUAAGAAAUUCAAUAGCAUCUGAAUAAUAAGGUUUAAAUAUAUGUAACUAUAAGAUUUUAUUUCCGUAUUUAACAUUUUAUUCAUUAUAAUAAAAUAAAUUAAUUGAAUUUAUUUG